AUGGUUCCUAUAAAUAACCCCCCAUGUCUACCGUUCAUAGAGAAAAAAAGAGAAAGAAAAGAAAAUUCAAAGAAAAAAUUUUCAUCUUCCAUAAUCUUAUCUAUAAUCACUUAUUGUGAAGAAUUAUAUUGAUUUUGAUAAUGGGAAUUCAAGAAAAAGACCCACUUUCACAAUUGAGUUUACCACCUGGUUUUCGAUUUUACCCAACCGAUGAAGAGCUUCUUGUUCAAUAUCUAUGUCGUAAAGUAGCUGGUCAUCAUUUUUCUCUUCCAAUUAUUGCUGAAAUUGAUCUCUACAAAUUUGAUCCAUGGGUUCUACCAAGUAAGGCGAUUUUUGGUGAGAAAGAAUGGUAUUUUUUUAGUCCAAGAGAUAGGAAAUAUCCUAAUGGUACUAGACCCAAUAGAGUUGCUGGAUCUGGGUAUUGGAAAGCUACUGGAACUGAUAAGAUUAUCACAAAUGAAGGUAGAAAAGUUGGUAUAAAAAAAGCACUUGUUUUUUAUGUUGGUAAAGCUCCUAAAGGCACCAAAACUAAUUGGAUUAUGCAUGAGUAUCGUCUACUUGAUUCUUCUCGUAAUAACGGUGGCACUAAGCUAGAUGAUUGGGUUCUAUGUAGAAUUUACAAGAAAAAUUCUAGCGCACUAAAAACCAAUCCAAACGGCGCGGUUUCAAGCGGAGAAUACACUCAAUACAGUAACGGUUCAUCUUCGUCUUCAUCAUCCCACCGCGACUCCAACCUCGAUGACGUUCUCGAAUCACUUCCACAAAUCGACGACCGUUGCUUCAUGUUGCCACGUGUCAACUCACUAAGGACUAUGCAACAUCAACAACAACAAGAACAUAAACUGAAUAUUCAAAAUCUCAAUUCAGCAAAUAACAACAAUUUCAUGGAUUGGUCAAAUCCAUCAUUGAUUUUGAACACUCAGUUUCAAGAAACACAAACUCAAGGAAUGAUGAAUUUUGGUGGAUGUAAUGACCUUUAUGUCCCUAAUGUACCCACUUUAUGUCAAAUGGACUCUUCUGUUAUUACAGAUAAAACUAGUAAGAUAUCCGUGCAUCCAACCGAGGAGGAGGUUCAAAGUGGGGCAAAAGCGAACCAAGUUGAGAAUUUUAAUUCUGGAUUUCUUCAACGUGGUUCGAAUGAUUUUACUCAAGGAAUGAAUUUUUCUAAUUCGGUUGACCCGUUUGGGUUUCGUUACCCGGUUCAACCAGUUGGAUUUGGGUUCGGGCAAUGAAUCGAAUAGAAAGUUAGGAAAAAAAAAAUGUUAUUUGUAAUAGUCAAUGUGCAUGUGGUGUAAAUAGGUGGGGAUUCUUUUGGCCUAACAAAAUUAGAAAAGUUGAAAAAAUUUAAUUUUGGUCCUCAUUUUCGGCUAGUGAUAGAUACAUUUGGAGGUGGUGAAAAUUAACAUUCUAUGAAUCUAUCCAUUGGAACAUUAGAAUCA